GGAACGGUGAUGGCCUUGCAUUGCUUUCUUCUUACUCUUGCAAUUACCUUCAACGGUCGCUGCCGAGGAGCAGAAGAUCGCUUGGUUUUUGACGACUUUAUAGCAGACCGUUUCGAAGGAGAAUUUGAACAGUUGUACGAGAAGGCUAAGAAGGAGCUACGGCACAAGCUGGGAGUACUAGCACUUUACUUCCGCAUUUAUAAAAAGCUGGUACCGGUCGCUGGCAACGAUAUCGGGUAA